CUUGUAGCGUUCACUAUGUCUCGCUUUGCUAAGAUCACCAGUAAGGAAGACGACAGAUUUAAGGUCUGGGCCAGGCCAGAGCGCAUUCAGGACUGCCAAUUAGCAGUAUUAAUAGCACCACUAGCGGUGAAAUACAUGGAGAGCGAAACCCAUGUCCCUUACACUUUCCACAAAUUGGACCAGAUUGCUAUACCAGAUUUUGCAGCUGGUGCAAUGGAGAAUUGGGGACUCAUUACUUAUUUAGAAGAUUCUUUGUUUUAUAACGAAAAAAACUCAACGGCCCAUCAUUAUAAAUAUACAUCGGACACAAUAUUUCAUGAAAUAGCACACCAAUGGUUUGGAAACUUGGUGACGCCCACGUGGUGGGGCAACUUAUGGUUAAACGAAGGAUUUGCGACCUAUCUCUCAUACCAUAUAAGCGCACAUGUUUCACCUUGGAUGGAUUCACAAAUGCAAUUUUUACUCGAUGAAUAUGCUUCCGCACUCAUAGUAGAUGCGAGAGAGUCUGCCCAUCCCCUUGUAGACAAUUCUGUUGACAGUCCGAAGAAAAUUGACUCCAUAUUCGAUACAAUCUCAUACAGCAAAGGUGGAUGCAUAGUCAGAAUGAUGCUCAAUUUCAUGGGACACAAAAACUUCUGGAAAGGAAUAAAUUCCUACAUCAAAUACUCGGAGUUUAGCAACGCUGAUCAGAAUGAUUUGUGGCGAGGAUUAAGCACAGCCGUUCCCAAUGGACUGCUCCCGAAAAACGUUGAAUUUAAGGACAUUAUGGACACCUGGGCUCUGCAGGCUGGCUACCCCGUCGUCACCGUCACAAGAGACUAUGAUAAAAACACAGUUAGCUUCACGCAGAAACGUUUCUUCUCAUCUGCUCCCGUUAAAAAAGAGCACAAUGAAGUUUACUGGGUGCCGCUGACCAAGUUGGUUCAAGGCGAGCCUAAGGAACACAGCAACAAUAUUACCUGGCUUUAUAAUGAAACUAUCACCAUGGCCUCGCCGUCUUCCGAUAAAUGGAUUCUCGUCAAUAACGACAAAAAUGGUGUGCUCCUUAUUCUGAUUUCCAUUUAUUACCGCGUCAACUACGACAAAGAGAACUGGAAGAAGCUGUCCGAGUCGAUAAAUGGUGCUCAAAUGGUCAACACCCUCAGUGUCAACAACCGGGUUCAGCUGCUGAUGGACUCGCUGGCCCUAGCCAGAACUAAGGAAUUAGACUAUGAAACUGCUUUAGGCACAACUGCCUAUCUCAACUAUGAGAAUGAGCAGGGACCUUGGAAAGUUGCGCUCCGAGAGCUCUCUCAGCUGGAACGCAAGAUUUCUACCAGUAACAAAUUAAAAGUGUUGUUCAAGGAAUACUUGAUGGACAAAAUUGACCACCUUUACAAACACUUUAGAGGAUUUGAUUUGUCGUUGAAAAAUGACAGUCUCGCUCUUCGCUUACAGAGAACAGAAACACUUAACUGGCUGUGUUCAAACGGGCACGAAGCUUGCAACAAAGAUGGACACGCUCUUUUCAACGAAAUGAGAACAAAUAAAAAGAGAAAACCUUAUGACAUUAUUCAUCCGGAUGUAAGGCAAACUGUGUAUGAAUCCGGUGUCCGAAUGGGUGGUGAAGAAGAAUUCAACUUUUUAGUUGAAAAAUACCAAAAUGAAAAAGAAAAGUUGGAACUCCGGUACAUCCUUUAUGGUUUGGCAGCUACGAAUAAUAAGGAAUAUCAAAUCAGGCUUUUGAACGAGUCAACGACGUUGAAUUCAGUAACUUUCAUGAAUAAACAUGCUUCCCUUUUAUUCCAAACGGUGCAGAACAACCCUAACGGCACAGAGACGGCGUUUGACUUUCUCAUCAACAAUUAUUUCAAAGCAAAAGCCGCAUGGCAUAGCAGCGGCAAAGAGUUUAGCCUUAUAUCCAAGAACUUGCACACUGAGGAGCACAUGCAAAAGCUUAAAAACUUCCUGGAAAGGAAUUCUAAAGUAUUAACUGAAGAAGAACGGAAGCAUUUGAAUAAAGCUAUAUCUACAUUAGAAGCAAACAUUCAGUGGAACAAAGAAAACACUGAGACCAUUUUGAAUUUCUUAUCUCCUAAACCGCCGAGCGGUGACGACAGCAGUGGAACUCUGGUACUUGUGUCAAACACUAUUCUAGUCAUCGCAUUCCUUUUGCCUAAGCUAUUGUAAGCAAAUGCAUGAAAUUUAAUACAAAAUAAUGUAUUAACUCUGUCACUGAAUAAAAAAUA